AAUCGUCGAAGACCUACCGCUGGUGAUGGAUGUGUUUUCCUUUUUUUUUGAAUCCAAUUCCUAGCUCAAGUCGGAUUAAGCUGAGCUCGUGUGUAUAAAUAAAGCCUAGAUCUGUCUCUCUCGAUGUACAACAAUGUUGAAAAGAGUUAGCUGCUCAAGUGUGAAAUUUAUCUUGAAAAGACAUGGCUGCUCGCUACCACACGAUGUUGUAGAGCUGAUAUUGGAGAGACUUCCAGUGAAAUCUCUGGUAAGAUUAAUGUGUGUAUCCAAGAAGUGGAAAUUGACAAUCAAUUCCCGAGAGUUCCAGGAACGACAUUAUUUUAUCCGUAGUAGCAAAUCACGAGAUGCAGCAGAUGUGCUUUUUGUGUCUAUUAUGGAUCAUAGUGAUGACAAAGAUUAUGAAGCUGGAAGGAUGAGCAUGGUGUUGGGGUCGUCGGUGGUUUGGACGGUCAAGUUUCCUAUUCCAACCAACGGGGUUACUAGUACUAGUUGUGACGGUCUGUUAUGCCUCUCACAUACCCACAGCCCGAGUUUUGUUUUGAACUCAAUCACUGGAUGGCAUCGAAGUUCCCCACAUUCCGGCUUUCAAAAGCUCUACCUCCACAGUUUGAAUCAAGGAGACUAUUACAAACCAUGUCAUGAACUUGGAUUCGGCAAAGACAAGAUGAUUGGCACGUACAAGCCGGUUUGGCUAUAUAAUUCAUCUGAAUUUGGUCUAGACAAUGUUACUACCUGUGAAGUUUUUGAUUUUGCCACCAACGCUUGGAGGUACGUUCUCCCUGCAUCUCCUUAUCGGAUUAUUGUUAUAUCGGAACCCACGUAUUUAGAUGGCUCACUUCAUUGGUUCACUCAGUGUGAAGACACCAAGGUCUUAUCUUUUGAUCUUCACACCGAAACUUUUCAAGUCAUCUCUAAACCUCCUUUUGCUCCCCAUUUACGUGGCCCUCGCGGCAUCGUAAUGUCCAUCCUUAAUAACCGCUUGUGUGUAUCCCAGAAAAACUGGCCAACACAAGUCUUUUGGUCGUUUGAUGAUUCUUCAAGGACAUGGGAGACAAUUUGUUCGAUAGAUCUCACCCAAGUUUUUUCUUGGUUCGGGGGGGAACCCGACUGUGCACUGGAAGCAGUAGAAAUUAUAGACCAAGAUAAGUUACUUCUCCAUGGUAAGUCAUACUCGGAACCUCGUGUACCACUCUUGCUACACCAUCUCCAUACCAAAUCUUUUAAUUUACUCUACAAGCCUACCACCCUCGGACGAUGUGUUUGCUAUUUCCAAAGUUUACUCACCGUCUUAUAACAUUUGUAAUUUAAUGUAACAUUUAUCAUCAACUGGUUUUCUUUGUCAUCUUAUUUUUUUAUA